UUUGCUCCAAUUGGAUGAUGAUGUUGCGUUCUCGUGAACCUGUCGCGAACGCGCCUCACAGGGCGUACGAUCACCUCACUCUUUCGUAUGGUUUGAUUCCUGAAAGUUAAUGUCAGUGGACUCGCUGUAAAAUGUCCGCUGUAACGCCGCCUGUGCAGGACCAGUAUGUUUUCCAUCGACGUGAUUUUGAAGAGCCGUCGUUUGAAAACCAGAGCAGAUGUCACACUCCUCCUCAGCCCGUCCUCGGCGCGCGGCAGAUCGCACCACACCAGCAGCGACACCGGGGUGACGCCAUCAGGACCCGACCACGGCCUCCCAGCAACCCCGGCAGCAGGUGGCCACACAUGGACGACCCCACUACCAGGGAGCCUCAGACGGAUGACUGUGAGCGGAUGGGGACUCUGUUUGGGAUGAUCAACAAGUGUCUGCGGGGGAUGGGCUUCAGCCAGAUGUACUUUGGGGACAAGAUAGUGGAGCCGGUGGUGAUCGUCUUCUUCUGGCUGCUCCUCUGGUUCCUGGGCAUCCAGGCGCUCGGACUGGUGGGAACUCUGUGCAUCAUCAUCAUCUACAUCCAGAAAGAAUGAUGAGCUGCUGAUCAGAGCGGAGCCUGCGGUUCUCUUUGGUUUAUGCUCACACACACGCAGGACUCAUUUCACACUGACGGAGGUUUGGGUCUGUGCUGCUCUGGUGACGGUGCCGAUGGACACGGCGGGUUUAUGUGGAUGCUAUCGAGCGUUUUUCGUUCAGAGCAAAUCCAAGCGGUGUGUAGCUUCCCCUGCCUCAGUGGCAGGAGUGCUGCUCUCCUCAUGACUUAAUGGUGUUGAUCAGCUGAUUUUAAAGGAACAUGACAUGUGAGAAGUGUCUGGUCUCUGUGUGUCAGAGGCUAACAGAGAGAGGAAGCUCGGGAGUGCCAGCUCGCAGGAAACAGAACUGUGUGUUUGGCUUAAAAAGAUAAAGAGAUCUGUACCAUGCAAGAUGUUCAUGUGGUGUGCAAACCCAGCAGUAAUAUCACUCCAAUAAUCAAUCAUAAGAAACAGUGUCUGAAUGUAUGAUGGCAAACAGUACGUUACGCUCUUGUGAAGGCUUUUUUGCUGUAAAACUUUUAUUCUGUGAUAGAUGCGAGGGAGUCGGAUGAUAAAUGAGGAAGUGUAAUUAUUGUUAUUGCUCCAAUAAUAGAAUUUCAUCUGAUGAUUGCGUCUGACAAUGCAGAGCCUCUUUACAAUCUGCUGUGCAGAGAAUCGCCACCUGCAAAACCUGGUUCUGAAUGUGGAUCACUUCUAAAUAACGUUCUCUCCUCUGCUCUCUGUCUGUCAGUGGCUGUAUUUUCCUGAGGAUGUGACACAAAUACACAGCAGAUACCACAGAGGAAAUAAUAAAAUGAAGAAUGGUUACAAUUUACCUUAAUCAACAUCAGCUGUUCUCGUUAGUAUGAGAGACAGCAGUAAGAGAGACAGAACCAGCAGAACAGAAACGUCUUUGUGCUAAUAUUGAACCAUAAUGCACAAGCUAAAACCAAACACUGACUAAGUAGCUGUUUUAUCCUAAUUAGCCAUGUAUCUUAAAAUGUGAUGAAUUCUUCUUACAGACCCAAGGAAGGUUGAAUUGAGGGUAACUGGACUUGGUUGUAGAUACUUGAAGACAAGGGGCUUCUUCAGUUCUGACUGACUGGCCCAGAGUCCCAGGUAUUUAACCUCUGUGGGGUCGUUAUAAAGGUCAUUGAUACCACUUGGUUUGUUAGUGCUCCUGGCUGUAACCACAGUCAGUCAUUAAGAGUUGUUGGAGUCACCUGAGGCCCAGUGUAAACAACAGUUGUUGGAGUUGUCACAUGGCCAAAUGUGAAUGCUUGUUAAAUCUCCUUGGAAGGGAUGAAAGGACAGUAUUGUAAGUGGGGGGGGAUAAGUGGUGUGGUAGACCUCCUCCCCUGUUGAGAGAUGGUUUCUCUACUUUGACGUAAAUGGCCUCCUUCACUCCUCUAUCAAACUAUUUGUCCUCCCUAUCCAAAAUAUGUAUGCUGUUGUCCUCGAAAGAAUGUCCCUCAUCUUUCAGGUGCUGUUGCAGACAUCCAAGAAAGUCCAGGAAGGUUACGUCACAACGCGUUCACUCAUUGGCGAUAAAAAACAAUUAAUACGUGUGAAUUGCUUCACAAUUCUACGUAUAAAACCUUUAAUCGUUGUUUACUUUCCCCAAUGUACAAGUCAUGUGCAUUCCUCAGGGCAGUGGACUGCAUACACUAGAUUGCUCUUCUUGUGUUAGGGUGUGCAGUCUUUCAGGUGGACCAGUAUCUGUCUUAGUGUGUUGCUGGAUUUGAAAAACACAGGGAUGCAAUGUUUCUUAAAAAUCAUUCUGAGUUUCUCAGAUACUCCAGACAUGUAUGGAAUAACUAUGUUGUUGUGUUUAUUCUUCUUUUCUUCACCACCUGCAGUGUUGUCGUUCUUCUGGAUCUUGUGGCUGUUUUCACAAAGGUCCAGUUGUGAUAUCCACAAAUUUUAAGUGCAUCCUUCAGGUGUUUGCGCUCCUUCUCUUGGGCCUGGGCAUCAGCUCGGUGGUGCAGGGUUCUGAUAACUCCUAGCUUAAACUCCAGCGGGUGGUGAGAGUCAAAAACUAUUGUAUUGGUCUGUGUGUGGGUUUCCUGUAUACUCCAGUGUGGAGGCUCCUGUCCUCUUCUAUGUGUGCGACACAACAUCCAGGAGCACUUACAAACCAAGUGGUAUCAGUGACCUUGAUAACAACCCCACAGAAGUGAAAUACCUGGGACUGACUCCCAACCAGUCAGUUAGAACUGAAGAAGCCCUUUGGAUGAGAGGCAAAAUAUCUUCAAGUAUCUACAUCCAAGUCCAGUGGCCCUCAAUUCAACCCUCCUUGGAUAACCAUGACCUAGAUGAACGCAGAAUCUUCACAGACAAUUCUUCUAGACUUUGAAAUCAACCUCCUCCCUCUACCAGAUAAGAGAGAUGAUUAUCAACUGUGAUAUUCCACAUUAGUCAUAUCUUAAGCCAUCAGACUGUUUUAGUUGAGUUCAAUGUACACUAAAUGCCUCUUUAUAAUCAUCAUAUCUAAUCAAACACAACAUCUUCUUUUUAUAUAUCUUCUUCAGUUCAGCUGUUGUUAGUCUAACACAAACACAUCAAUCCAAAGCUGAAUGUUCUCACUUCAGACAGAUGAAGAUGAGGUCAACCCUUUUCCUCUCCAUCACCUGCAUGUGCAACUUAUCUGUGUCAGCCAUUCACAUUCACUGGCAACGUUUUGCUCCAGCGCAGGAAGUACUGUGGUGUUUGAUGAGGUGACUUUAUAAUAUUUAACCAAGACCACAAUCUUUUCCAAACUGUAACCAAUGGCACAGAUUUCCUAAACAUAACUAACCAUAAAUCUGUUCAUCUACUGUUGUUGUCAAGAGUGAAACCUAUACUGGGCUGCAUGAAGUUUCCAUUCAAAUUUAUGAAUCUAAUGCAAAAUGCGUUAGAUAAAGGAAUGAAAUAAAAAAAAAAAUGAUUUUAGCAAAAUGUCUCAAAAUGUGUUUUGAGUCACAAACGGUCUGGGAGCAUCUAAAAGGUGGAUUUUAGUUUGAUUUGAACUUUCAUUGCUCUGGUGGUCUCAGGUAGUUUUAAAGUUCAACAUAUUUUAUUCUUUUCUGUUGUAUUUUCUGCUGACAGAUUCAAACGUGAUUGUAGAGGAAAUGAUGCACAGAUUUUGAAGUUUACUACUGAUUGUUACAUUUUUCCAGGGGAAACAUCAUUACUGAUGCACAGUAUGGUCAUCACUGACUUACUGUAGCUAUGCUGCAUCUGUCCUUGUUCAAUUAUUUUGAAUAUACAUUAUUGUUUAUGAGGCAUUUGCACUGAGAGUUUUAUGCAUAACAAAAUAAAUAUUGAAUCUACAUGUAUAACAAUGUUUAUCAUUAAAAGUGAGCCUUCCUAAAAAAAAUGUU